AUGGCGACGAGAAAUCGAACUUCAGAGUUCAGAAAGUACAGAGACACCGUCAAAAGCUUACGCACUCCUCUUUCUUCGUCAGCUUCCGCUUCUUCCGGUGGUCCUGUCAUCGAAAUGGUUAGCACUUCGCUUCUUCGUUCCAGUAAUGGAUCUUCCUAUACUCCUCUCAGUACCCAAGACCCAGGUCCCUCCUCUAGUGAUGCGUUUACUGUGGGUAUGCCGCCGUCUUGGGUGGAUGAUUCUGAAGAAAUAGCGACGAAUAUACAGAGUGCAAAGGUUAAAAUGUCUGAGUUAACGAAAGCUCAUGCAAAGGCUUUGAUGCCUUCCUUUGGUGAUGGUAAAGAUGAUCAGCGUCAGAUUGAGACGCUAACUCGGGAAAUUACAGCUCUCAUUAGAAAAUCUGAAUUGAGGCUAAAAAAACUCUCUGCUGGUAGAGGAUCUUCUGAGGAAUCUAAUGUCAGAAAAAAUGUGCAGCGUUCGCUUGCUACAGACCUUCAGAGCCUGUCAAUGGACCUCCGGCGGAAGCAGUCAGCAUAUUUAAAACGUUUGCAGAAACAACAAGAGGGUUAUGAUGGGAUUGAUCUGGAGAUUAACUUUAAUGGGAGUAAAUCUGGAUUGCAGGGUGAUGGAUUCGAUGAUGUGGGUUUUAGUGAAGCGCAAAUGACAAAGCUAAAGAAACAUGAGCACAUCUCAGCGGAAAGAGAAAGAGAAAUCGAUCAGGUCGCUAGUUCAGUCCACGAACUUGCUCAGAUCAUGAAGGAUCUCUCUGUCCUUGUGAUAGACCAGGGAACAAUUGUAGAUAGAAUCGACUACAACAUUCAGAGUGUCGCUACAACUGUUGAGGAGGGCUUUAAGCAGUUACAAAAGGCGGAAAGAACACAGAAAAAAGGAGGGAUGAUUACAUGUGCCACUGUGCUUGUUAUCAUGUGCUUUGUCAUGCUAGUUCUGUUGAUAAUCAAGGAGAUAAUCUUCUAG